CGCAUCCUUUGGAUAAAGAGGACUUCCAACAUGGGGGUGAAAACCUUCACCCACAGCUCGACCUCGCACAGCCAGGAGAUGCUCGAGAAGCUCAACGCUUUGCGCAACGAGGGUCAUUUAUGCGAUGUCACCAUCCGAGUCCAAGACAAGCUCUUUCUGGCCCACAAAGUGGUUCUGGCCUGCUGCAGUGAAUUCUUCCGCUCCAAGCUGGUGGGCCGGCCUGAGGAGGAGGACAAGUUUGUGUUGGACCUUCACCACGUGACGGUUAGCGGUUUCGCGCCCCUGCUGGAGUACGCCUACACGUCGACUCUUUCCAUCAGCACGGAGAAUAUCAUCGACGUCCUGGCAGCUGCCAGCUACAUGCAGAUGUUUGCCGUGGCUAGUACGUGUUCGGAGUUCAUGAAGUCGAGUAUUCUGUGGACUCCGGGUAACAACAAUAACAACAACAACAUGGGAGCGGAUAAACCUCACGAAUCGGCACCGGAGAGCGCCUCGUCGAACUGUGCCCUGACACCGCUGGACGGCAGCGUGUCGCCGGUGUCUUCCGACUGCAGCGUGAUGGAAAGAAAUGUUCCCAUCUGCCGCGAAUCGCGAAGGAAACGCAAAAGCUUCGUGUCGAUGGCUUCCCCCGAGAGUCCGCUCAAAUGCACUACACAGAUGGUCACCACCUCCCCUCAGAUCCCCAACCCUUCGCCCUCGUUCUCAGACAGCGCGGCCCAGCCCGUGGAGUCCUCCCUGGCCUUCCCCUGGACUUUCCCUUUCGGCAUCGACCGGCGGUUUCACUCGGACAAAUCGAAGCUGCCGGAGAGCCCUCGCUGUUUGGAGCAGGGAACCCCGGGGACCUCGGAGGUAGUGGUUGGCCGUCGGCUCAGCGACUACCUAACGUGCGAGAGCUCAAAGACGGUGUCUUCACCUGUCGCAGCGGAGGAGGAGGAUGUAAGGGUGAAGGUGGAGCGUCUCAGUGACGAAGAGGUCCAGGAAGCGUCGUCACAGCCAGUCAGUGCCUCUCAGAGCUCGCUGAGUGACCAGCAGACGGUGCCGGGGAGCGAACAGGUCCAAGAGGAGCUCCUCAUCAGUCCACAGUCCUCCUCCAUAGGCUCGAUGGAUGAGGGCGUGUCAGAGGGCUUACCGUCAAUGCAGAGCACCUCUAACGCUGGAGGACAUGCGGAAGAUGAUGAGAGGUUGGAAGGGAUUCAGUAUCCGUACCAUCUCUACAUCAGUCCUUCUACACGGCCUGGCACCAACGGCCCUGACCGGCCCUUUCAGUGUCCGACCUGCGGAGUCCGGUUCACACGCAUUCAAAACCUGAAACAGCACAUGCUCAUACACUCCGGCAUUAAACCUUUCCAGUGUGACCGCUGUGGGAAAAAGUUCACACGGGCCUACUCCCUAAAGAUGCAUCGGCUGAAGCACGAAGGUAAACGCUGUUUCCGGUGCCAGAUUUGUAGCGCCACAUUCACGUCCUUCGGUGAAUAUAAGCACCACAUGAGGGUCUCCCGACACAUAAUCCGCAAGCCGCGGAUUUAUGAGUGCAAAACGUGCGGCGCCAUGUUCACCAACUCUGGCAAUUUAAUUGUACACCUGAGGAGUCUGAACCAUGAGGCAUCCGAACUAGCAAACUACUUCCAGAGCAGUGAUUUCCUCGUGCCCGACUACCUGAGCCAGGUACAGGAGGAGGAGGAGGCGCUGGGAGUCCAGUACGAGCUGGAGGAGACCCAGCAUCAUCCGGUCUACCCGGGCAGCACCUCCGCUUCCACCACCACCCCCGCCUCGUCCUCCUCCUCAGUGCAGAUGCCCGUCAUCUCCCAGGUCUCCUCCUCCACCCAGAAUUGUGAGAGUUCCUCUGGCUUCCUGUCACCUGAGCCCCUGGAUCCCCUGGAAGCCCCAGCCUCCCCGAAGAUGGACGCCGACGACACGGCGCCCAUGACAGAGGAGACCAAGAUGGACAACAGCGUGGGUGGCAGUUCCCCAGAGGUGUUUGAAGAAGAGCAGCAGCAACAUGCUCAGGCCAAGGAGGUGGCUUCCAUUACCAUAAAGUGAUUCGAGUCUUCUACUUGCCCAUUAUGUCUUAUUUUGCAGUCAUGUCAUAUGGGAAUAUCGGUUGGGACGACUGGAUGUCGACGCCUCAUCGUGUGAAACUGUCAGGAUACUUUGACCGACUGGCGUUUCUCUACACAGAUGCUGAACACCAAACCCAGCAACUCAAUGUCAGCUGUUGUUGUUGUUUUUGUUUCAAAUAUAAUAUUUCGUAAACUUUCACCGUUGAUGUGAGAUUUCAGCGGGUCAGAAGAUCUCGCUCGAAAUCCAAGGAGAAGUUUUUUUAUGAGUCACUUAAAGGAGGAAGGUUGUUUUCCCAUAUGACGUGAAUGCAGCACAAGCUAAAGUCAUUUCUGUCUUAGCCAAUUCGAGGUCUGUUCAAUCGAAGCCUUGCUCUACUUUUGGAAAGUGCCUGAGAGUUCCCGUUUUAACAAAGUACCGUGUAGAGAAAGAAAAGGUCUUUGCUUUGCCAACAGUGACAAAUCAAGUCAAAAAUGUUUGUAUUCAUUUGUAGUGCUGAUGCUAGUUUGUAUUGGCAGAGACUGUGUUAUUCCUUUAGUGCCGUUGCUAUAGGCAAACUGUUAAAUGUCAAUAUUAUCUAUAUUGCAAUAGCUUGUACUGUAGUUUUACUAUUCGAAUGCUGUGAAUGUUGGUUGUUGUGAAAUGAUAUGUCAGGUGUGUGUAUGUGCAUUUCUUUGAUCAGUAUGAACACAUUUCAUUUUUGAAAUUACUUGACAAAGUAUUCCCGAACACAUCUGUGCAGUAUACGAUUUUCCUGUUUAGUGACGUCAAAUAUCUCAAGAUUGGAGCGGCACUAGAGCUUUUAUUUUGUAAUCCAACGAAACGGAUACAAAUUGAGACUGAAAAAAUCACAUGGUUACAUUGUCGUCAACGACUGCAGUAUUAUAUAUUCCCAAAUGUGAUAUGGCAAUGUAGCAUCCCGGCCUUCUUUCCAAAGGCAGUUCAUUGGAUAGACGUUCAUGUGGCUCGCCAGCAGCUGACUCUUGGAGCGACGUUACACUGACAGCGUUUCUUUGCGGCUCUGUGGGACUCUGAGCUUACAAAGGGGACGAUUCCCUGACUACCAGUAACACUCACUGAGCAGUUUACUGGGAACACGUUUGCUUUGAACGCAGCAGCUCUGCUAUAAAUUCAACUUUUGCAUUCUUGCCACUGGCACACAUCCACUACAUCCCUGUAACAACGACCAUGUAUAAGCUUUGUAACAACAGCUUGGCAGUGAAUUACACCGAGCGGUAACCUGCAGGUGGCAAUGCUAAAAACUGCAGUUCCUCUAACGGCCACAGGGGGCGACUGUGGAAGCUUGUUACAUAUAUGGGUGUUGACCUUGGUGCGUUAAAUUAAUUUGUAUGUGACCAACAUGACAGGCUGUGUGCCAAAGAAGCUCGUGUUUCAGGGUUUUAUCAGAAACAGUUGAUAAUUAGCUCUUCACCCUCAUCAGUAGCAUUGUGCUGGCUAACGUCGAGACUCUAAAGCUAAUAUGUGACGUCACAAUAACGAGGAGUAUUUUUACCUUAACGGUUAAACUGCUCAGUGAGUGCACAGUUACUGUAGCCCAGUGACCCAGUGUGACAGUCAUCCGUGUGAUCACGAGGCUGUCGAGUGUGAUCAUGUUGUUUUGAAGUAACCCGUCUGCUAACGUGUGAACACAGCAAAUACUGUGAGUUGAACCUUCGUUACCCACGCAGGCCGCUCUUCGUGUUACUGAUUAUUUUAAAUGUGGAUUUUCGGGUCAGACUUCCUGUUACCCGCAUCGUGCCAACAGGCUUGUGAUUCUGUAUUUGUUGCGCCUGAACUUUGAGUCGAAUGCUACUGACUGCAGCUGGGUUGUGCUUAGGUUCACCGUACGCCCCCCAAAAGUCGUACAAACAGCUCCUUCUCGCGCUCACUCCAGCACGAGCUCGAUUGUAAACGUGAGGUUGAAUACUGCUGAGAAUCCAAUCAGAGCCGUCUUAGGAAGCAGCGGCGUCGCCCCGUGCCAUCCGUUCAGCCCUUUUUUAAAUGUCGUGCCAUUUGCCCUUUUUCUCUGGGUGCAAACUGAGCUUUUUCCUCCAGGACCAAAUGUUCUCUCUCUUAUUGGGGAUUUGCCGUGGCAAUCAGUACUUGCACAUAUUAAAAGAAAGAGAUAAUCAUUGAAAGCGGUCCAUGUUAUUUAGCUGAGGGGUCCUGCUGUUCUGCCCUUUACAACACUGUAUGAUGUGCGUUGAAGAGGCUAGCCUUAGUAAGUGGACCUAUUAACUCUAGUUGCACAAUUUCAGAAUUGAAAAAAAAAAAGACAGAGUUUUCUAUUCUCCACGUGUGUGUCACGCUUUUCAUCUGUUGUGUUGGUGUGUGUAUUCAGAUCACCUUUUUUAUAAUGAAAUGCUGCUGUUUGUCGAAACGCAAAGUGCCCAAAAUAUUUUUGUGAACCAAUGGUGUGCAAUAAAUGGACCGGUGUCGUUUUAAAGGUUUUCGUUUUUAAAAAUAUACAUAUAUAUAUAUAAAAUAUAAAUAUAUGAAAAAGAAGAUAAGAAUGUAUCAUUUUGUUUCAAUCUAAUGUGACUGAAUGAAAGCAGGCGCGAGCCCGUUUGAUCUGUGAACAUCUGUGCGCUUUGACAUGAAACGACUGGUUGUGUUCAGCUGUGUUUGUUGGGAAGGUUGCAUGUUCGUGUCGUCCCGUGAAGUGAAAGAGAGCAUGUGCUGAGCUGGUGGUAUGUUCUGUCAAGGCCUUAUUUUGUAGCCGACUCUUCAUCGAUCUGUUGUUCAGCAUGCCCUCUUCCUUUCUGUACGUUAUCCCUUUUUUAUGUGCAAUGUUUCAAAAGAUAUCUUGAUUAUACGAGUACACUUGAUGUUGUAUAUGUUUUCCAGUCCAUACCAUUUAUUUAAAAGGAUGAAAAUAAUAAAAAACAAAAAGUACCCCCCAAACUGGUAGCUCUUCAUAAUGGCAUAUAUAUAUAUUUUUGGUGAUUUUUCUAUUCUGGUUGCUGUUUCAUGGCAUCUUUGGAUAUUCUUGUUAAAUGUGAAUAGAACAGCUUAGCCUGGGAGUGGGCGGGGCCUCGGUAGUCUUCACUUUGUGACUGUCUGCAAUGUGUGUGUAUAUAUAUAAAUAUCCAGUAUAUACACUCAUGCUAUGUUGCAUAUUCUUUAUACUGUAGGCAACCUGAUUACAACCUGCUUUGAGACAGAUUGUUGUACUUUGUGUCUUUGAUAUUGUAUUUAAACUGUAGUUUGGAGAACCUGUACAAAAACAUCCCAGAUAGUAAUGCAACCUGCACACACUGUAUCUGGGGAACUGACGUUUGUGGUGGUGUUGAGUGUUUUAACUGGAUCAUGUUCCACGGUUGGCUGUUAAAAACUGACGAGACCACUCUGUAUUUAAGAGUUUAUGGUUGUUCUCAAUCUUUGCUAGUGUUCUGGCUUUGCAGUCCUGUUGUUCUUAAAAAUAGUUGUUUUGUAAAAGUUUAAAAUGUAAAUAAAAAAAUCAAAGUCAGAAA